GCAGUACGAUUACACUGAUACGGUUGGCUCCGUAGCGAUCAGGAUAGCAACGGUGUAAUCAUUUAUAAGCAUUGGUGGCUGUCGACUUCGGAUUCAAAACAAUACACAUGACCAUCGGGGUGAUCGAUUUCAUAGUGAAACGUAUUAGAAAACUAAACAAUGGCAGACCAAACGUCCCUAUUCAUAGUCAGUCUAGUACUAAUCGCCCUACAAACUCAACAUACGGCAGCAAAAAAGCUUCCCAACUUCGUGCACGUGUGUAAAAGAACCGACCCCGAACUGGAGAGUUGUUUAAUGAAAACCAUUGAGUCUAUAAGACCGGAGUUGCCCAAUGGAAUACCAAAAAUGCAAAUUCCGGCUUUGGAGCCCAUGGUUAUUCCUAUGUUACAAGUGAAUAGAAACGUGGAAUCGCUCAAAGUCAAAGCGACAAUCAAAGACAUUCAAGCUUGGGGUGGAUCUAAAUUUGUUCUCAGCAAUCUCAAAGUAAAUCUAGAAAAGCUGGUCGGCGAAGGCACGGUACUUCUCCCUAGUCUGUUGGUAAACUGCAGUUACGACAUCGACGGACGUCUGAUGGUCAUUCCGCUCAAAGGUCAAGGAAUAUUUAAAGGCAAUAUCACCAACACUAAAGCCGAUAUAAAAGCAUCGGUUGAAAUUUUAAAGGAUAAAAAGAACCGUGAAUAUUUCCAGUUGAAAGAUAUUCGACUUAAGGUCAAAGUCGGAGACGCAACUGGCAAAGCGACCAACCUAUACAAUCCAAACAACGACGUCAUAACGGAAACAGCAAUGUCGUUUUACAAUCAAAACCGCCGAAUGGUAUUGAAUAUUAUUACGCCAAUCAUAGAAGAGAUUUCUGUUGAAUUUGCCAUGCAGAUUGGAAAUAAUGUACUAAAAACUGUUCUAUAUGAUGAAAUUCUACCUAUAGAGCUGUCUUGAACUUGAAAAUUGUUUAUUUAUUAAUUGUACCUAGUUACCUUGUGUACUUUAUAUGUUAAUACGUGUAAAUUGUAAGUUUUAACUUCCUAAUAUCUAUUUUAGUAUUAAGUUUAUAUUUAAACACGUUUUACAUUCAUUUGUCACGUAUAUGUAUAUCAUUUUUUUUUUUUUUUGUCAAAGUGCAAUUUUGUUCAUUAAUAUUAUUCUAUCUCAUUUUUUUAUCACAAUUCACGAAUUCUCACUAUGUUAAUUACUAUACAAUCAUAUUAUAUGUUUUACUUAUACUUAUUGUAAGUAUAUUUGUUUCAAAUAAAUAUUUAAAAAACAGA